UUGAUUUCCUGCAUUUCAGAGAAGAAAGAAACACAGAGCCAAGAAUGGGACGUCUAGAUUCACUUUCGGUUUCCAUCUUUCUCGUUUUAGCCAUAAUUACAGGGGCGGCUGCUCAGCCCCAGCCCAAUGAUCAAGUUACAUGGGCGAAGAGAGUCGAAACAGGAACUGAAGUCAUAACCACUCUCCAAUUCUAUUUCCAUGACAAAGUGAGUGGGCAGAGUCCAACUGCCACAAGGAUUGCUCAAGCUCCCCAAACCAACAACUCAUCCACCCUCUUCGGCAUGUUGAUGAUGAUCGAUGACGCGUUGACUGUUGGGCCUGAUCCAUCGUCCAAGAUUGUGGGACGGGCCAGGGGGUUGUACGGGUCAGCGGGGCAGACGGAUUUUGGGCUGAUUAUGGUCCUCAACUAUGGGUUCACGGAUGGAAUAUAUGAUGGUAGCUCCUUUAGCCUUCUUAGUAUCAAUCCGGUGAUGCAACCCGUCCGGGAGAUGGCCAUUGUUGGUGGGACGGGCCUUUUCCGGUUGGCUCGUGGGUAUGCCCUGGCGCACACCUAUUGGGCUGAUGCUGCCACGGGUGAUGCCAUAGUUGGGUACAAUGUUACAAUUGCCACCUACAUUUAAAAUGCAGUAAUUAGUAGCUUAUUUUCCGUUUUGGUUCUGAAAUCAACCCACAACAUGGCCUUAGAAUGUAGGAGGGAAAAUUGAGUUGGGCUACCUCUUUUGUUGAGGUAUUCAGAUAGAAUGGUUAAUUUAGUUUGUGUUGAGGAGGCAAAUGUUGGAGAAUAUGCAUUUUAAUUUUCAAAGCUAAAAUAAAAUGAGAGUAGGUUACUUGGUGGGAUGCAGAAGAAGACGAACCGAUGGCUGCCAUUUAUGGAAAACGUAAGCUUGACUUAUAAUAAGAGUUUUCAUGUGUUUGUAUCUAA